UCUCUCCUCUCUCCCGCCGCUGCUGUACAUUUCCAGCCGGAGACGGCUCGAAUCUGAAAUCCAUUCGUCGAGGUUCCAUCUGACUUCAGAUACGCUAUCAACAUUUCGAAAGGGAGUUUUCGAUUACAAUAGUGAUAUGCAGAUCACAUGUCUCCCAAUUCAGAUUUCUUCAGUCACUCCCCGAGCCUCAAUUCCAUCUUUAUCCUCAAAUCAUCGCCUUGUUUUUAACAUAGCUUCGUUUCAGAACUCAGAACACGCUUUUUCCACCAUAGCCUUCAAGAGGUCGUCACAUAGAUCACGAACUGGUUUCAAAGCUCCUGUUCUGGCUGCCAUGAGAAGCGAAGAAGAUUGUAUUAUUGAUGAUGAUGAUGCGUUUUAUAUGAGGAGAUGCGUGGAACUGGCGAAGAGAGCAACUGGGUGUACUAGUCCUAAUCCUUUGGUAGGCUGUGUCAUUGUCAAAGACGGUGAAAUUGUAGGCCAAGGGUUUCAUCCCAAAGCUGGUCAGCCUCACGCCGAGGUGUUUGCUCUUAGAGAUGCUGGAGACUUAGCUGAGAAUGCCACCGCUUACGUUAGCUUAGAACCAUGUAAUCAUUACGGGAGAACACCUCCUUGCACAGAAGCAUUAAUCAAAGCUAAGGUCAAACGAGUGGUGAUUGGGAUGGUUGAUCCUAAUCCAAUCGUUUCUUCUUCUGGUAUCACUCGUCUAAGAGACGCUGGAAUUGAUGUCACUGUUGGUGUUGAACAAGACUUUUGCAAGAAGAUGAAUGAGGGAUUCAUCCAUCGAAUGUUAACAGCAAAGCCUUUUCUCGCUCUCAGGUAUUCUAUGUCUCUCAAUGGUUGUUUUCUCGACAAGAUUGGGGAAGGGGCUUCUGAUAGUGGUGGAUACUACUCAAAGCUAUUACAAGAGUACGACGCCCUAAUACUUUCUUCCUCGUUAGCUGAUAAACUCUCCACCAUUUCCUCACAAGAAGAAGCUAAUGUUUCAAUCCAGCCUAUCCAAAUCAUAAUGGCUAGUAAUGCACAACAACAGUCUCCUAUACUUGCUUCUUCCAACUUGGUGGAAGAUUCGGGUCCAAAAGUUGUAGUGUUCACCAAAAAGGAACUGGAUGCAGAAUCCAGAACCAGCAGUAGCGGGGUUGAAACAGUUGUAUUGCAAAAUAUAAAUUUGGAGUCCAUCUUGGAUUACUGUUAUCGUCGUGGACUAUGCAGUGUGUUGUUGGAUUUGAGGGGAGACAUUAAAGACCUUGAAAUGCUUCUUAGAGAUGGGUUUGAGCAGAAGCUGUUGCAGAAGAUAGUGGUUGAGGUUUUGCCUGAGUGGUGCGUGAAAGAGGACGAGAGACAGGUACCGUUGUCGAUGAACUGGUUAGAGUCAAAAGCUGUGAAAGAUUUGCAAUCUAAGCAAUUAGGUGGAAGCGUUUUGCUAGAAUGCUAUCUUUGAUGUUUUGAUGUAUGAAUGUAUAAGUUCUUGAGCUUCAUUUUUUGAAACCUUUGUGUUAUUAACUUGAUUAAUAAAAUAUCACUGUCAUUUUU